AUGUCACUUUACGAUAGAGCGAUAACUGUAUUUUCUCCGGAUGGCCAUCUACUUCAAGUGGAAUAUGCAAUGGAGGCAGUUCGAAAAGGGUAUGGUGCCAUUGGAGUACGUGGGGCAGAAUGUGUAGUGCUCGCUGUAGAAAGAAAGGCUGUUGCAAAACUCCAGGAUCCUAGGAGUGCAAGGAAAUUGUUAUUAGUUGAUGACAAUACUUGCCUUGCAUUUGCUGGACUUCAUGCUGACGCGAGAGUUCUCGUAAACAAGAUAAGACUAGAAUGCCAAAACUAUAGGUUAAAUAUCGAAGACGCACCUCCAGUAGAUUAUAUAUCCAGGUUUGCUGCACAACAACAACAAAAAUAUACCCAUAGAGGUGGUGUUAGACCUUUUGGAGUAUCAACUCUGAUUGCAGGUGUUCAUAAUGAUGGCAGACCAGGCUUGUAUCAAACAGACCCUUCUGGGAUUGCGCUUGAAUGGAAAGCACAAGCUGUGGGGCAGAAUUCAAAGACUGUACAAGAAUUUCUAGAAAAAAACUAUAAAAACGAUAUGACAAGAGAAGAAACUAUUAACUUAGCUAUCAGUGCAUUACUUGAAGUUGUUGAAUCAGGUUCUAGAAAUAUGGAAAUUGUAGUAGUUGAUAAAAAAGGGUGCAGCUUCCUUUCUGAUGAUGAAACGGAUAUGCUUGUUUCAGCAAUAGAAUCAAAAAUUGCUGCUGAAAAUGAGAAUAAAACUAGAUAA